AUGUCGACGACGACGCAGACAAGCCAGUCGCGUGCGGCGUAUGCGUACAACUUGCUGAUGGCUUCGCAGACCCGUCCUGCUCAGCAUCAGGUGUGGAAUGGGCCGGAGACCGGGUUUGGCUCCCGUGGGGGCAUGGGCAUGGGCAUGGCCAUCAUGGUCGAGGUCAUGGACAUAGGCAUGGCCAUCAUGGUCGUGAUCAGUGGACAGUAG